AUGGUGCUCCCCCCUCCUCCCAUCUCCCUCCUUUGCUUAAUCUCCAUUGUCACACUCUACUUGAUGAUUUGCUAUGCAGUCAUCGGCUUCAUUGCCAAAUCCGAAGUUUUUAGAGUCGACUCCCAUGAAAAUGACAAAUCUACCCCUGGUUUAUCUGUAGAAGAGUUACAAAAGUUACAAAGUUUUAGUCACAAAAUCAACCAAGGAGAUGAAGAAGAAUCAUUAAGUUGUGCAAUAUGUUUGGAUGAUUUUAAAGAGUUUGAGGUAUGCAAAAGAUUUCCAAGUUGUGAUCAUGUGUUCCAUAGCCGUUGUAUUGAUCUAUGGUUGGUUCAUAGAAGAACUUGUCCAAUUUGUAGGACAUCAUUUGAUCAUCUUAUUCAUGUUGUUUAA